AUGUUGUUGGCUCUUGCUACUCAAAAAGACUGGAAUAUACAUCAGAUGGAUGUCAAAUCAGCCUUCUUGAAUGGAUACUUGGAGGAAGAAAUUUUUGUGGAGCAGCUUGAAGGUUUUAUUGUUCAAGGAAUGGAAGAGAAAGUAUAUUUGCUGAAAAAGGCCUUGUAUGGUUUAAAACAGGCACCAAGGGCCUGGAAGGUUUGUGAUCAAACACUUGUGGUAUCUUUAUACGUUGAUGAUCUACUUGUGACAGGAAGCAGUAUGGAGCAAAUUAACAAUUUCAAAAAGGAAAUGAAGGAUGUUUUUGAGAUGACUAAUCUUGGGAGGAUGACAUUCUUUCUUGGCAUGGAGGUACAACAAAAGCAGAAUGAGAUCUUCAUAUGUCAACAGAAAUAUGCUAAGGAAAUCCUAAAAAAGUUCAAGAUGGAAGAGUGCAAUCCAAGUGCAACUCCAGUGAAUCAAAGUGAGAAGUUUUGUAAAGAAGAUGGAUCUACAAAAGCUGAUGAAAGGCUUUAUAGGACCAUUAUUGGGUGCUUGAUGUACCUAACGACAACUAGACUAGAUAUUAUGAAUGUUGUAAGUUUACUCUCAAGGUACAUGCAUUGUGCUAGUGAAAUUCACUUUCAAGCAGCAAAAAGAAUUGUUAGAUAUGUCAAGGGUACAAUUGACUAUGGUUUGAGGUUUUGUCAAGUUAAAAACUUUACUCUCCAUGGUUAUUCAGAUAGUGCUUGGGCAGGUUGUGUUGAUGACAUGAGAAGUACUUCAGGUUAUUGUUUCAGCUUUAUUCUGCUAUUUUUUUCAUGGUGUUCCAAAAAGCAAGAAGUCAUAGCUCAAUCCACAGCAGAAACAGAAUAUGUAGCUGCUGUUGCUGCUGUGAAUCAAGCUCUCUGGAUCAGGAAAUUGAUGGCUGACUUAUUUAUGGAGCAAAAGUAA